GAUAGCCUGCGGAAUCUGGAGGGCAUGAACAGUCCGUCUGGCCUGGGGACAACAACCACACUUCUUUUCUCAGUCAAUAACCAUGUCGGUCAUCUGGCUAGUGCUCUGAAAAUCUUCCAGGAAAACAAAAUCAACGUUGUACACAUAGAAUCUCGCAAGUCACGCCGCUCGGACGCUCUCUACGACAUCUGUGUGGAGGUGGAGACUGACCACAUCCGUCUAGAGGAGCUGGUCAACAGGCUGAAGAGAGAAGUGGCCAGCAUCACCUUUAACCAACUGACCAUCCCCAUGACACCCCCAGCUCUCACAAAAGCCGCCUGUAUGGAGUGUGUGCCAUGGUUCCCUAGAAAAGUGUCCGAUCUUGACCACAGCGCAAACAAUGUCCUCAUGUAUGGAACGGAACUGGACGCCGACCAUCCG